AAUCAAUAACUAAAAAAAUAUAUUAAAAAAAUUACAAAGAAAAAACAAGAUAAAAUUACAUUUGGCCUUUAAAAAUUUUUUUCAUAAUAAAGAUAUUAUUUAAUUCGGCAUACAAAAAUAUUAUUCCAAGGGAUAAUUUUAUUUUAACAGAUUAUAAAACUCACUAAUUCGAAUCAAUUAUAUUUUCCGAACCUCAAUUAUUUCCCAUCUUUUAUUUGUGGUAAACUGAUAAUUAGCACAAUAAACCAGAAACCCUAAAAAAACUUAGACGCAAUGGAAGCCAUUAAGAAAAAAUUGCAAUCGAUGAAAAUUGAGAGGGAGAAUGCUUUAGACAGAGCCGAACAACUAGAUCAACAAUGCAAAGAAGCAAACAAAAGAGCGGCUCAAGCCGAAGAAGAGGUUCAAAGCUUGCAAAAAAAGAUACAACAGCUAGACAACGAUCUCGACGCGGCUCAGGAAUCUCUCAAAGAAGCCCAAGAAACCCUCGAAGCCAAAGAUAAAGCAGCUGCCGAGGCUGAGGCUGAGGUUGCAGCUCUAAAUAGAAGGAUUCAAUUACUGGAAGAAGAUCUAGAAAGAUCUGAAGAAAGACUCAAAAUUGCCACCUCCAAGCUUGAAGAAGCUUCAAAAGUUGCAGAUGAAAGUGAAAGAGCUAGGAAAGCACUUGAAAAUAGAAGUAACAUCGAAGAUUCUAGGCUCGAAAUGCUGGAAGCUCAAUUGAAAGAGGCUCAAAAAAUAGCACUUGAAUCGGAGACUAAAUUUCAAGAGGUGAUGCGUAAAUUGACCAUUUUGGAGAGUGAUAACGAGAGAGCGGAAGAAAGGGCCGCUGCUGGAGAAGCUAAAAUUGUGGAAUUGGAAGAAGAACUCAGGGUCGUGGGCAAUAAUUUGAAAUCGUUGGAAGUUAACGAAGAAAAAGCAUCACAACGGGAAGACAGUUACGAUGAACAAUUACGCGAAUUAACUGCUAGACUUAAAGAUGCGGAGACUAGAGCCGAAUUUUCCGAGAGAUCUGUUCUUAAAUUACAGAAAGAAGUCGAUCGUUUGGAAGAUGAAUUGGUACACGAAAAAGAAAAAUACAAAGCUGUCAGUGAAGAACUGGAUCAUACUUUCCAAGAAUUAUCCGGAUAUUAAAAUUUUUGAAAAAAAGAAACUCUUAAAAUAAAUUUUCGAUAUUUUUAUUUCUCAAAUUUCAAUUAUUUAAAUUA